CUUUGGUAUUAGCGAAGCGAGGCCCUUGCUAGUUGCCUCUUUCUCUCCUUUGCUCUGGGCUGAAGAAGACGCCUGAUCAUGUCCCAUCGGAAGUUUUCAGCUCCCAGGCAUGGCCACCUGGGCUUUCUCCCCCACAAGAGGAGCUGGCGCCACCGUGGGAAGGUGAAGACGUGGCCCAAAGACGACCCCAGUAAACCUGUUCACCUGACCGCCUUCUUGGGCUACAAGGCUGGCAUGACUCACAUCCUGCGGGAAAUUCACCGGCCAGGGCUGAAGGUCUCUAAGAGGGAGGAGGUAGAAGCAGUUACCAUAAUAGAGACCCCACCUCUGGUGGUGGUUGGAGUGGUGGGCUACAUUGACACAGCUCGAGGACUGAGGAAUUUCAAGGCCAUCUUUGCGGAACACAUUAGUGAUGAAUGCAGGAGACGUUUCUACAAGAACUGGCACAAGAGCAAGAAGAAGGCCUUUACCAAGUAUUGCAAAAAGUGGCAGGACGAGACUGGGAAGAAGCAGCUGGAGAAGGAUUUUGUGGCCAUGAAGAAGUACUGCAAGGUCAUCCGCAUCAUCGCGCACACACAGAUGAGACUUCUGCCGCUGCGUCAGAAGAAGGCCCAUGUUAUGGAGAUCCAGCUGAAUGGAGGCACAGUGGCCGACAAAGUGGACUGGGCUCGUGAGAAGCUGGAGAAGCAGCUCACGGUGCAUUCCGUUUUCAGCCAGAACGAGAUGAUCGAUGUUAUUGGUGUCACCAAAGGGCACGGGAUGAAAGGGGUGACAAGUCGUUGGCAUACCAAGAAGCUCCCAAGGAAAACUCACAAAGGGCUUCGUAAAGUAGCUUGCAUUGGAGCGUGGCAUCCCGCCCGGGUGGGCUACUCCAUUGCCCGGGCUGGCCAGAAGGGCUACCAUCACCGCACUGAACUCAACAAAAAGAUUUACCGCAUUGGCCGUGGAAUCCACAUAGAAGAUGGCAAAGUGGUGAAGAGCAACGCGUCCACCAAUUAUGACACAACAGAGAAAACCAUCACUCCCUUGGGUGGAUUCCCUCAGUAUGGAGAAGUCAAGAAUGAUUUUUUGAUGUUGAAGGGCUGUGUGGUAGGCACCAAGAAGCGGGUGCUGACCCUACGCAAGUCACUCCUGGUGCACACAAGCCGGAGAGCUCUGGAACCCAUCGAGCUGAAAUUCAUUGACACCACCUCCAAGUUUGGCCAUGGCCAUUUCCAGACAGCCCAAGAGAAACGGGCUUUCAUGGGCCCCCAGAAAAAACACCUGCUGAAAGGGAAGCCAGAAACCCAGGAAGAAUUGUAACCAGUUCCACUUGGGAAGACGCUUUCUGAUCAAAGACCUUCAAACUCUACCUGAGCCCCACCCACCCCCAUUCCUGCUUUCACCAGUUUCAAAAGUCAAAAUAUCAAGACAAAUCCUGUCCUUGA